AUGCCGACCAAGAAAUCCGCCGAGCCACCGAGCUCACCAGGCUCACCCCCCGCCUCAUCCCGCUCCUCGACCCCGGAACCCACCACCUCCAGCAAGAAGCGCAAGCCGACCACGGACCCAGAGGACGAGAUAGCAGUGGACCUUUCGGCGCCGGAACCACCCAGCAAGCGCGCCCGCCGCGCCCUGAAGAAAGGCAAGCCGCUGCCGAAGCCCGCGUCCAAGAAGAAGCGGGACGACCGGGCGGACCUGGAAGCCGACGACGACGACGACGAAGACGCCGCGAACCUUCCGGAGCAGCUGAGGUCGUCGUCCGCGGGUGGCAAGAAGGAGCGUUCCAAUUACGGAGUCUGGAUCGGCAACCUGCCCUUCACGGCCACGCGGGCCGACGUCUUCAAGUGGCUGGUCGAAAACUCGGGCGGCUCCAUCACCGAGGACGCCAUCACGCGCGUCAACCUGCCCCUGUCCAAGGACAAGAAGCCCGGGUCUGAGAGGCGGGACAACAAGGGCUUCGCCUACGUCGACUUUGCCGCCUACGACGCCUGCAUCGCCGCCAUCGCCCUGUCCGAGUCCGACUACGGCGGCCGCAAGCUGCUGAUCAAGGACUCCAAGUCCUUCGAGGGCCGACCCGCGCCCGCUCCCGCCGCUGCUGGUGCAGAUGAGACAAAGUCAGGAAACAAGGCAGGGGCUGCUACUGCUGCAACCGCAGCCGCGACGCCCAGCACCAACACGAAAAAGAUCUACGUCGGCAACCUCCCCUACGACGCGACCGAGGAGACGCUUCGCUGGCAGUUUGAAAAGUGCGGCACCAUAGAGUGGGCCAAGGUCGCCACCUUUGAGGACUCGGGAAAGUGCAAGGGCUACGGCUGGGUCCGCUUUGCCGACUCGGUCGCCUGCGAAUGGGCUGUCAAGGGCUUUGUUAAGAUCAAAGAAGCCGUCGAGACCGAGGAGGACUUUAUGAGUGGCGAUGAGGACGAUAAGGGGGAUGAGGAGGAGGGGGCCAAGGACGACAACGACGAUGACGACGAGGAUGCUGCAAGAAAGACAAAGAGGCGGAAGCCGGCCGCCGCUCCGGAAAAGACAAAGACGCGCAAAUGGUGGGUCAACAAGCUCAAGGGCAGACCGCUCACCAUACAGCUUGCCGAGGAUGAUCAGACGAGGUAUAAGAAGCGGUUCGGGAAAGAUGCACCAAAGACUGCUCGGAAGGGUCCUGGAGGCAGAGGCCCGCCCAGGAGUAAUGCAGAGUCAUCAGGAGGAGAUAGUGCGGAGAAGAGUGGAGGGGGCUCACUUAGUUAUCAUACCGACAUUAAUGUGGCCAGGCUCACCGGUGCUGCCGUCGCACCUCAGGGCAAAAAGGUCACGUUUGACUGA